AGGUGCCGACUAUUGGCAGGAAAGUAGUCUGCUCAGAGGAAACCGUCCGAAAACAAACCAUGGCAGUGUGUGAGACGUUGGUUGCUUCAAAAUACUGGAGAAACUUGCAUGGAUUACUAUGUCUCUUCAAACCAUCUGGCUUAUCAACUUCUAUUCUAUCUUUUUCUCUAAAACACACGAUAUCCAAAGGAUUAAAUAAGAUGAAAGUGCGACAACCAAGAAAGAUUGUGCAAUAUGAUGCUUCUUAUGGAAUUCCGAUGGAGACGAUUGAGACUGAUUAUUCUGACCAUCCUUUAAUUAUAGGGCCUCGAUAUCAAAUAACUGAUAUACGCUUGCACCUCCCCGAUUAUCUUGGUCUCUUCUCAUCUGGUGUUUAUGUUCUUGGCUUGAAUGGUGGAACAAAAGCAGCAAGGGAUCUAGAAUCGUCUAAACCUCUAAAAGUUUAUCAUGUAUCUGGCCAGUUAGGUAUUGCAACCGAUAAUUGCUGGAAGACAGGAAAAAAAAUUCAGAGAGCCCCAUUUUCUAAAAUUUACAGGCCACAUAUUGACAAAGCUUUAGCAGCAAUGCAAGCAUCUCAUCAACGCCAUAUGUACACAAAUGCAGGCGUGGAUGUUCAAAGUCAAGAAGCAUAUGACCUUGCGGUACAAGGUCUUCUCCGGCCAGAGAGUGAAUAUUUUCCCAUUAUUUAUGGGAUGAGAUGCGUACAUUUUGAGAGACCCUUUUUCACCAUAGAGAUUGCCUGUACGAACGAGCAAGAAGCGUAUCUACUGAAUUUAAUUUAUACCGUUGGACUCAAAGUGAAGAGUGUAGCAAUGUGUACCAGUAUAAAAUGCAUCCGAUAUGGACCUUUUACAUUGGAACAUUCCUUGCUUCAGCACUCUUGGAAUGUGGAACAAUUAGCUGCUAAUGUUGAACUGUGCAACAAGAUAAAUGAAGAUGAUUUGAAAUCUGGAAGACGGGAUAAUGUAAUGUUAUCUCCCCUCAGUUCUACAUCAAAUAAUGGAAUUGAUACAUCAGGGUUUGAAGUGGAAAUCAAGAAAGACACCACUCACAGGGAGAGGCGGAGGGAAAAUAGAUUACGAGCUGAGCAACUGGAAAAGACCCCAUUAAAUGAAGAAUAGUGUUGAAAUUAUAAAUAUGUACAUUUUAAAAAUUAAAUACAAAUAAAAAUGAAAGGAGA